UCAAAUGUUCCCAACGCCCACUCACUCUCGAUCACACUGACACACACAUGGCUCAAACAACCCCAAACCACACACAGACCGUUUUUGGAUGGGCAGCCCAUGAUUCCUCCGGCAAGAUUACUCCUUACGUCUUCAAACGAAGAGAAAACGGUAUGAAUGAUGUGACCAUCGAGAUAUUGUAUUGUGGAAUAUGCCACACCGAUCUUCAUCAUGUCAAGAAUGAUUGGGGUAUCACCAUGUACCCUGUCGUCCCCGGUCAUGAAAUAACUGGAGUGAUAACAAAAGUGGGAAGCAAUGUGAGGAAUUUCAAGGUAGGAGAGAAGGUAGGAGUUGGAUGCUUGGCGGCUUCGUGCUUGGAGUGUGAGUUCUGCAAAGAUUCUCAAGAGAACUACUGCGACGAGGUUCAGUUCACUUACAAUGGCAUUUUCUGGGAUGGUACUAUCACCUACGGUGGCUAUUCCAAAAUGCUCGUUGCAGAUCACAGAUAUGUGGUGCAUGUACCGGAAAACCUGCCGUUGGAUGCGGCGGCGCCGCUGCUAUGUGCUGGAGUAACAGUGUUCUGCCCCAUGAAAGACAACUUGUUGAUGGAUGGCGGGAAGAAAAUAGGGGUAGUUGGGCUAGGUGGUUUGGGUCAUGUGGCUGUCAAAAUGGGGAAGGCUUUUGGGAACCAUGUCACUGUCAUCAGUACCUCUCCAUCUAAAGAAAAGGAGGCCAAAGAGCAUUUGCAUGCAGAUGAUUUUAUAGUCAGUACCAACCAACAACAUAUGGAGGCACGAAAAAGGACUCUAGACUUUAUUUUGGAUACAGUGUCAGCCAAGCACUCACUUGGGCCUACCUUAGAAUUGCUCAAAGUGAAUGGCACAUUGGUGAUCGUGGGGGCUCCUGAUAAGCCCAUAGACCUGCCUUCUUUCCCCUUGAUUUUUGGUAAGAGAGUAGUGAAGGGUAGCAUGACAGGAAGCAUGAAAGAAACGCAAGAGAUGAUGGAUGCGUGUGGCAAGCAUAACAUUACAUGCGACAUUGAGAUUGUCCAAUCUGAUCAAAUUAACGAAGCACUCGAAAGGCUGGCCAAAAAUGAUGUCAAGUAUCGUUUCGUAAUUGACAUUGCGGGCAAGUCAUCAAAUAUAUAAGAAUAUCUUGCAUUUUUUAAUAAUUGCAAUCAAAAAGACUGACUGUUAUAUUUAUGUACUAUUCUCAUUCUAUUCUAUUAUGAGUUGUAUUUUAUUUUCAUUUUAUUUCAUUUCUAUGUAUCAAAGCCAGUCAAAAUUUUAUGUUGCUUUAUCCCUCAUUUUCACUUU